AUGAAGCUUAAGCUUAUAUAAAUCUUAUUUUUGACAGCUGUCUUGCUGGCAUUGAUGUCAAAUGAUGUAGUAAUGAAGAGUACAGGGACAACAAGGUCAACCUCAAGAUCCUAUACACCAUCUAGAUCAACAUCGAAUUAUUAUUCUAACAGAGUCUCCAAUUUCAGAUCAACAUACGUAGUAGCGUAUGGUCCAAACGGCUAUUAUUAUAGAAGAUCAGGUGCAGGUGGUGGGACAUGGUGGAUUAUUCUCAUAGCAGUGGCUGUUCCAAUAAUAGCAUUUAUAAUACUGUUCUUUUGCGUAUGCAUGUGCAAGCACUAAUGGUUUAGAGAAAAAGUUUGCAAAUGUAUCAGCUGUAAUUAUUGUGAAUCUUGCUAAGGAUGCUGCGAUAGAAAAUAGUCCAGCAUAGUUUAUAAUACAAAUGUAACAUCAGGAGCCUAAGGAGAAACUUAAUAAUUCAAAGGUAAUUAACUCUAGUUAGAUGAUCAGAUGAAGACAAGAUAGCUUGAGUACACAUAGACUGGAAUGCUAGUAGAUAAUAGCCUCUAUAUAAAUUAAAACAAUUCUACUUUGCCGCCGUAAAAUUAUCCUCUGGAAAUGCAAAUACCACCUGGCUAAGGUUACCAAAAUAUGAUACAAAAUCCAUAUGGAAAUCCCUCACCUAUGGGUUACUAAUAAAUGCCUUAUAAUGCGUAUCCUGUUACUUAAGUGGAAUAUUAAAACACAUCUUAACUAACAGCUCACACAAAUCAAAUUUUACCAAUAAAUGAUCCAAAUCAGUAAAACUACUAUCACCCAUAAUGA